GAUGGGUCCUUGGUGUUUAAUGUAUAUUUCAUUAGACUGGCGUCCAGUCUAAUUAACAUAAUCAGUGAUGUAGUCAGCCUGUGCAUCUGCGUGAUCAUCAUCUGCAGUAAAUACUCACAUCUGCUCAAAAGAGAGACCAUGAAGAUGAUCCUCCUGCGUAAAUUCCGGGUUUUGAUUCUCAUGGUGUUCCUGGUGGCGUGCUCCAUGCACAUCAUGAUAGACUUGCUGCCCAAGCUGGAGAGGCAAGGCGUAGGCGGCUGCUCCUGCUCGCACACGCCCAGUGAGGAGCCUCGCAACUGGGCCAAACAAGGCUGGCCCAACAAGCACACGCUGCGCAUCCUGCAAGACUUCAGCAACGAGCCCAGCGCCUCCAACAUCUCGUCACAUUCCUUGGAGAAAGCCCCAGCGGGUGGUGACAAGUCUCAGGGGUUCCGGAUCCCGCAACACUAUGACCACCCUUCGGACAGGAAGAGGCCAUUCAUCCAGGAUGCUGCAGUCAGCAAGAACCUGCCGGCCAAGGGUUCAAGACUGGCCGCCCUCUACGAGCACCCCUUGUAUAAAAGGUCCUUGCCGACGCUCACAGAUGAGGAUACGCUGUUCAACGUUAACACAGACAUCCGAUUUGACCCCAAGGCAGCAGAACAAGAGUGGAAUGGUGAAGGCAAUCCAGAGGAGUUCAGCCCAACUGGAGAGCUGACAGCUGACUCAUAUCCUAACUGGCUGCGCUUCCACAUUGGAAUUAAUCGUUACGAACUCUACUCCAGACACAAUCCCGUCAUCGAUGCUCUGCUGAAGGAUCUUGUCAACCAAAGGAUCACCAGCGUGGCGAUGAAAUCUGGAGGCACCCAGCUCAAGCUCAUUAUGACCUUUCAGAACUACGGACAGGCUCUCUUCAAGCCCAUGAAACAGACUCGUGAACAGGAGACGCCCCCGGAUUUCUUCUAUUUCUCAGACUUUGAGAGACACAAUGCUGAGAUUGCUGCUUUCCAUCUUGACAGGAUUCUGGACUUUCGUCGUGUCCCUCCCGUGGCCGGCAGACUUGUCAACAUGACCAAGGAGAUUCGAGAUGUCACACGUGAUAAAAAGCUGUGGAGGACAUUCUUCAUAUCACCAGCAAACAAUGUGUGCUUCUACGGUGAAUGUUCUUACUACUGCUCGACGGAGCACGCUCUAUGCGGCAAGCCUGACCAGAUCGAAGGAUCCCUGGCCGCCUUCCUUCCAGAUCUCGCCCUUGCGAAGCGUAAAACCUGGAGGAACCCUUGGAGACGCUCCUACCACAAACGCAAGAAGGCAGAAUGGGAAGUUGAUCCCGACUACUGCGAGGAGGUCAAACAGACGCCGCCGUAUGAUAGCGGAACAAGACUUCUGGACAUCAUGGACAUGACCAUCUUUGACUUCCUCAUGGGAAACAUGGAUAGGCAUCAUUACGAGACAUUUGAAAAGUUUGGAAACGAGACAUUCAUCAUCCACCUGGACAAUGGCAGGGGUUUUGGAAAACACUCCCAUGAUGAAAAGUCCAUCCUCGUGCCACUGACUCAGUGCUGCAGGAUACGCAAGUCGACCCACUUGCGACUGCAGCUGCUGGCUAAGGAGGAAUACAAGCUGUCCACGCUAGUGGCAGAAUCCCUGGUGAGGGACCGGCUCAGUCCCAUCCUCAUCCAGCCACACCUGGACGCUAUGGACCGGCGGCUCCGCCAGGUUUUGCAGGUGGUGAGUGAAUGCAUCGAAAAGGAGGGCUACAGUUACGUGGUGGAAGACGACCUCCAAGGGAGUCAAUGGACAGAGCACAGUGGGCCGAGAAGGAGGUAG